AUGUUUUCCAACAUCUUCAAAGACAAAGACUCGCCAUCACAUCAGUCGCCAUCUGGCCCCAAGAAAGAGGCCUCCCUAGAGACGAUACUCCCUACACCGGAACUACGUGUUGAACUCGCACUCGUUGUGGUCUUGUGCACCGACAUCAUUCGCCAGGACCUCAGUGCCACCUUCCAGGUACCAAAGGCCCUCCAGACUGCGGCGGCUUUCCAUGACCCCACGGCCGAAGAAAACCUGAUCGCGCUCGAUGAAAGCCAAAGAGCCCAUGCAUCGAGCGCUGCGGAACGAGCCGAGCGAGUCGAGAAGAUCAAAAGAGAACUUGCCGCCAACGAUGUGCAGGAACUGCACCGCGCCGCCCUCAGUUUCUACAACAACUGGCGCGUACAAGUCCUCAAACGCGUGGGCGAGGUGCUGAAAGUCCGCUCCAAGGAUGUGGCUCUCGCGAAGCAGGAGCGGGACAGGUCUUCCGCGAAGAAACAGGAACUGGAUCUGCUUUCUCUGGACGACCAAGCGCCCCCCGAGUCCUCUCCCUCAAGCACGUCAAUCCCAACUACGCUCGUCCGCCUGCCGCAGGAAUCUCGCACUCUCAUACUCAAUUCCAUCCUCCUCCUCCUCCUCUCUUUACAGAACUAUCCCGCCCACUCCCGCCUUCUCCUCAUUCUCCUCUCCUCCAGCCUCCGCCUGCCUCCAUCCCUGCUCUGCGAACAAGAAACCGCCCUCGCCAAAGCCCUCCUCACAUCCGCGCGCCAGCUCUCCGCCGAAGAAGAAACCGCCCGCGCCGCCUCCUCGAACGCAACCUCUCGCAAAUGGAAAGUCGGCCUCGCCACCGUCGCCGGCGCCGCCCUGAUCGGCGUCACCGGCGGCCUCGCGGCGCCCUUCCUCGCCGCGGGCGUGGGCACCGUGCUCGGCGGCGUGGGGCUGGGCGCGACGGCCGUGGGCGGGCUCCUGGGCGGACUGGCGGGCAGCAGCGUGCUGGUGGGCGGCCUGUUCGGCGCGUACGGCGGGCGCAUGACGGGAAAGAUGAUGGACAAGUACUCGGCCGACGUGUCCGACUUCCGCUUCGUCGCCGUGCGCGGCGGCGACGACGGCGGCGUGUACGAGCGCCAGCGCAAGGCGCAGGGCCUCUCGCACCGGAGCACCAGCCAGAGCCAGCGGCCGGAAGACAUCCGUGGCAGCUGGAAGCCGCCGAGCCGCUCCAAUACCUCCUCCUCCUCAGCUAUCGACCCUGCCUCCGAGCACCACCGUCUGCGCGUGGCCAUCGCCAUCAGCGGCUGGCUGACGGACUCGACCGAGGUCUUCACGCCCUGGUUCGUCAUGGGCCCGCAGCUGGAAACGUUCGCUCUGCGGUGGGAGGUCGAGGCUCUGCUCAAGCUCGGCACGUCGCUGUCCGCGGUGCUCAAGAGCGCGGCGUGGGGCUACGCCAAGUACGAGCUGGUCAAGCGGACGGUGCUGGGCAGCCUGGCCGCGGGCCUGUGGCCGCUGAUGCUGCUGCGCGUGGGCCGCGUCGUCGACAACCCCUUCUCCAUCGCGCGCAAGCGCAGCGAGAAGGCGGGCGCGGUGCUCGCCGACGCCCUCAUCAACAAGGCCCAGGGCGAGCGCCCCGUCACGCUCGUCGGCUACUCGCUCGGCGCCCGCGUCAUCUACUCGUGCCUGCUGCAGCUGGCCGAGCGCCGCGCCUUCGGCCUCGUCGAAAACGUCGUCAUGAUGGGCGCGCCCACGCCGAGCGACGCCGCGGCCUGGCGCAGGAUGCGCGCCGUGGUCGCCGGCCGCCUGGUCAACGUGUACAGCUCCAACGACCACAUCCUGGGGUACCUCUACCGGACGAGCAGCAUCCAGCUCGGCGUCGCGGGGCUCCAGGAGGUGCAGGGCGUGCAGGGCGUGGAGAACGUCGACGUCAGCGCCAUGGUCGACGGCCACACGCGGUACAGGUGGCUGACCGGCACCAUCCUGAAGAAGAUCGGGAUGGAGGAGCUGGACGACGACGAGGUGCGGAAGGAGGAGGAGGAACUGCGCGCCGAGGAGGCCAAGGAGCGCAAGGCGGAGCUGGAGAACGAGAAGAAGGUCGAGCAAAAGAUCGGCAGCAAGGGCGACAGCCAGGAGGAACGCCGCAUCAUCAUGCAGGACGUCGUCGAGGAAGAGGCCAAACUGCUGGAGAUGCGCACCGGCAUCGGCGCUGAAGAGCCACCUCAGGAGGAGGAACAGAGCCCCCAGCUUCCUCCCCGCCCCGCGGCACCGACGCAGUCCCGCAGCAUCGUUCCCCGCAAGCCCGUUGGCCAACAGCCCGCGAAGUCGCUGUCGGAUCAGAUCGAGACGCCCCCGGCGAAGCCGCCGCGACCCGCUGCUCCGCUCGCGCCGGCGUCUGAUGAGGAAGACGACGUCCCCCCGCCGCAGCCUCCUCGCCGCUCUGCGACGGCUGUGACCGACUUCGCGUCGUCGUCGUCGGCGGCGGCUCCAGCGGCCGCCACCGUCGCACCGCAGGCCGAUAAGGACAUCCUGAAUGACGAGUAUGACGACGAUAAUAUAUCUCUUGGCGAUGACGACGUGGAGAGCGUGCACUCGGCCCCGUCGGUGAAGUCCGCCGAGAUGAUGAUGUUGGCCCCCGAGGCGGAGCCCUUGUCGGACUCGGAGCCCGAGACUGAGUCGCGGCCGCCUGCACGGAAGUAG